AGUAGGCUGUUCGGAAAGCUCUGGAAAUCAUAAUGCAAUCAGCCGACCAGUGGGAUGUCGCAGCGCGAAGGAUGGGCUGGAAGUUUCUGGAAAGUUCGCUCAAAAAAGAUAUAUAUAUAUAUGGCUCGCGCAUAGGAAGAUUGCGCUCGCUCUGGAUAACCUAAACUGCGUGGAGUGAUAUAUUCACAGACGGAUUAUUUUUUAUAAUAUUUAGGAAGUGUUUGUUUAUCUUGUCAUUGUCUGAAGUCAGCUUCCGGGAUGGCUGUCGUGGGGUUUGAUGUGGGAUUUCAGAAUUGCUAUAUUGCUGUUGUCAAGAGCGGAGGCAUCGAGACCAUAUCCAAUGAAUUCACAGACAGAUGCACGCCAGCAGUUGUAUCGUUUGGUUCAAAGAACAGGGCCAUCGGUAAUGAUGCAAGAAACCAGAUGAUAACCAAUCCUGGUGGCACUGUGUCUCAUUUUAAGAGACUGCAUGGCAGAUUGUUUCAGGAUCAUGUUGUGCAAGCCGAGAGAUACAGUUUACCAUAUGAUCUGGUACCACAAAGUGAUGGGAAGGUUGGAGUCAAGGUCAUGUACCUCGACAAGGAGCACCAGUUCACCAUUGAGCAGAUCACAGCUAUGCUGUUGACCAAAAUGAAAGACAUUGCUGAAACCAAUCUACAAAAGAAAGUGGUGGAGUGUGUCAUCUCUGUCCCCUCAUUCUUCACUGAUUCAGAAAGGAGGUCUCUACUGGAUGCAACCAAGAUUGCUGGCCUGAACUGCCUGAAACUAAUGAAUGACAAUACCGCAGUGGCAUUAAACUAUGGCAUAUACAAGCAAGAUCUCCCAGGCACCGAUGAGAAACCAAAGAUAGUGGUGUUUGUGGACAUGGGCCACUCAGCUCUCCAGGUCUCUGUUUGUGCAUUCAACAAAGCUAAACUGAAGGUGCUGUCUACUGCCUUUGAUCCUUAUUUGGGAGGAAGAGACUUUGAUAAGAGGCUGGUAGAAUACUUCUGUGCAGAAUUUAAGUCCAAGUACAAGUUAGAUGUAAAGUCCAAGGUGCGAGCUUUACUGAGGCUGACACAGGAGUGUGAGAAACUCAAGAAAUUGAUGAGCAGCAACUCAACAGACAUUCUCCUCAACAUUGAGUGCUUUAUGGAUGAUAAGGACGUCUCUGGGAAAAUUAACAGGGCCAAAUUUGAGGAGCUGUGUGCUGACCUGAUUGAGAGAGUGACAGUUCCUUUGGUGGCAGUUCUAGAACAAGCUCAAGUGAAGCUACAAGACAUCAGUGCAGUAGAGAUUGUAGGGGGAGCUACACGGAUACCUGCUGUGAAGGCCCAGAUCAGCAAGUUCUUCAAAAGGGAUGUGAGCACUACAUUAAAUGCAGAUGAGGCAGUGGCCAGAGGCUGUGCAUUACAGUGUGCCAUGCUCUCCCCUGCAUUCAAAGUGCGAGACUUCUCCAUCACAGACACUAUCCCAUUUCCCAUCUCUCUUUGCUGGACCAGUGAAGCAGAUGAAGGCAAAUCUUGUCACGAGAUAUUUGGCAAGAACCAUACCUGUCCAUCAGCCAAAAUGGUCACAUUUUACAGGAGCAAGCCUUUUGUUCUGGAGGCUUCUUAUUCAGAUCCAGCAUCGCUGCCCUUUACCGAGGCAAAGAUUGGUGAAUAUAAAUUACAGAACAUUCAACCUCAAGAGAAUGGAGACAAGGCAAAGGUGAAAGUUAAGGCUGAAAUAAAUGCCAGUGGUAUAGUCAGUGUUACCUCAGCCACUAUGGUCCUGAGGGUCAGCUCUGAUGAGUCUGAAACCACAGAAAUGAAUGAAGAUAUUUGCUAUCAUAAUGGCUCUGAUGAAAUUGACAUACAGGACAAGCCACAAGAGACACAUGUUCAUAACCAGCUCUUGGUAGACAAAGAAAACCUGCCAACAGCACAGUGUCCCCCCAUGGAAAAAGAGCAGAAUCAUAAAGAUGCACUGAGUAUGAAUGGAGAAGUAAACAAUCAACCCCCUAAUGCUAAAAAAGCCAAGAUGAAGGUCAAGCAUAUUGGACUUCCCAUUGAGGAAACAAUUACCCAACAGUUGUCAAAGGAUUGCCUUAGCGCUUACAUAGAACAAGAGAGCAAAAUGAUACACCAAGACCGCCAAGAGAAAGAGCGAAACAAUGCCAAAAAUGCAGUGGAGGAGAAUGUAUACCACUACAGACACAAGCUGGAGGGCCCUUAUCAGUCGUUUUUAAGUGCUCAAGACCAUCACUCAUUCUUUGAGCUUUUAAAUGGCACAGAGAACUGGCUGUAUGAUGAGGGAGAAGACCAAGAUAAGCAGACUUACCUUAACAAGCUGGCAGAAAUUCAAAAACUGGGUUUGCCUGUGCAAGACAGAUACCAGGAGUCCAUAAGGAGACCACAAAUGUUUGAGGAGCUGUCAGCCAAAAUACAGAGCUACAUGAAUGUUAUGGAGGAGUAUAAGAAUGGAAGUGACAGUUACUGCCAUAUUGAUGCCAUGGACAUGGAAAAGGUGAGAGUGUGUAUCGAAGAUACUCAGGUGUGGAUGACAAACAUGCAGAAUUCUCAGGAGAAACUGACGCCUGAUCGGGAACCUGCCAUACACAGCACUCAGAUCCAGGUGAAGUUACAGGCACUAAACGAUGUUUGUGAGGAGAUAGUUUCCAAACCUAAGCCUAGAGUCGACUCUCCUAUGGAUGAAAAAAUUAUUCAACCAGAGUGCCCACACAACAAGAAAAGUCCAGAAGAUGUGACAAUGGAAUACACAGAUUUUGUUCAAAAUGAAUAAAAAAGAAGCCAUGUCAAUAUUGAGUAGCCUAUUGUACAGGAAACUGAAUAUGGGUUGAUUAUAAAUACAGUAAAUCACUGUUAGCACAUGAUGCUUUAAAGUUCAUGUAAACACAAGUAAUUUAAGCUUUUUUAUUAUUAUUUUAUGAAAUGUUAAGAGGCACAUUUGAACCUUAUUUCUUAUGUUAAGAGUGAUUCAUCUGAUUUCUCUGUACUUUUUUUUAUUAUUUUGUGUGUGCAGUAAUUAUGUACCUUGACAUUUUGAAAGAAUCCUUUUUCUUCGGUUUCAGUCUGGCAGCAAAGCUAUUGAAAUCCUUUUGGAGGCAGUUCCAAUGCUGGUGACAAAUUUGAAAGCUACAUUUUGAUAAAACUAAAAGCUUCCGUGGAUAUUCUACUUAAGAAGUUAACAGUAGUGCAGUUGUAAUAGCACAACAUAUUGAGUGAAUAGCAAAUUGCAUUGAAUUGUCAUCAACUAAACUGUCACUAGCACACUGACUGAAAGAACGCUUGGACGCCAAAGCUUGCAAUUUCAGAAAUGGAUGUACCUGGGCUGCUGCUAUACGCCUGACUGUUUCUCUAUAUUUUUGCUGUGUACUCAAUAGAGAUUGUCUUGUCAAAUUCAAUAUUAAUUUAUUUAUGGCACAUACUGACAGUGAUAUCUGUCCAGCUAGAAACGCACUGGCAAUCAUUGUGAAAUUUGUUGAUAAAAUGCAUUUAGAAUAGUGCUGUGCCUGGUGUUUGUUCCUUUUGU